UUUAGAACCAGGAUAUAAAUGAAGAUGAAACAUCCUAAAGCAGCACAGACUGGUCUCAUGAUGAUCACAGGACAAAGCUGUGUUUUUGGGCUGCUGCUGCUCUGCCUUGCUGUAUUAGGCACAUCAGUACCAGCAGGCAAACCAGGAAAAUGCCCAUCUGAGAGGUUUUUGACGGAAGACUUUGUGUCACACGAUACCAGAUGCAGAUCUGACAAUGAUUGUAAGGGAACCAAAAAGUGUUGCUCAGACAAUGGCGACAAAUUCUGCAAACCUCCAGCACAAGAGAAGCCCGGCACCUGUCCCCGUGCUACACAAAUGCCACGUGUUACAGAUUUCUGCACCUCAGACAGUGAAUGCCCUAAGAGAUCCAAGUGCUGCCUCUAUAAUGGGGGAAAGACCUGUGUGCCUUCUGUAAAAGAAAAGUUGGGUGCCUGUCGUCGUAAAACUGACAUAAUGUGCAUUGCUGCAAUGAGGAGCACUUGUGCAUCUGACUCCACUUGUCCUGAUAAUGAGAAAUGCUGCCCAUCUGAUUUCGGAUGUUACAGAGAUUGCCAGAAACCAGUAUAAUAACACCAGAAAAUCCAUCUUUAUGACUCUAGAACAUGAUCUAGUUCCUGUAAUAAGAAGCACAUCAAUGAUCACAUAUAAAUGGUGUCUGUGUGGGUGCAGUUACAUUCUGGAGAGCUGUUACUUCUGUAUGUGGGUUUCUGGGAACCAUCAAAGUCUCCGUAUGUCUCUUUCUAUGUUUGGGGGAAGGCAAUAACCAAUUAAUGAAGAUGUAUAAGAAAUAAAUUACUUGCUUAGUCAUUAAAAAACAAAGUAGUUGUA